GCGUCCCGUCGCCACCCUGCCCUGCGGAUCCGAGCCCAAGAUGGCGGCGCCCAGCAGAAGUACGAACGGCGAAGGCGCGAGCUUGUGGGCUGCGUUGCUUCUGGCGGCUGUGGCGUUAAGGCCGGGGGAGGCGGUGUCCGAGCCCACGACGGUGGCGUUUGACGUGCGACCCGGCGGCGUCGUGCACUCUUUCUCCCAGAACGUGGGCCCAGGGGACAAAUACACAUGCGCGUUCACCUACGCUUCUCAAGGAGGGACGAACGAGAAAUGGCAGAUGAGCCUGGGGAUCAGCGAGGACAGCCAGCACUUCACCUGCACCAUCUGGAGGCCUCAGGGCAAGUCCUACCUGUACUUCACGCAGUUCAAGGCGGAGGUGCGGGGCGCCGAGAUCGAGUACGGCAUGGCCUACUCCAAAGCUGCGUUUGAAAGAGAAAGCGACGUCCCCCUGAAAAACGAGGAAUUUGAAGUGACCAAAACAGCAGUCUCCCACCGGCCCGGGGUGUUCAAGGCCGAGCUGUCCAAGCUGGUGAUUGUGGCCAAGGCGACCCGCAGCGAGCUGUGACCGCGAGCCUCAUUGAGGGAGGCUCUUCCCCAUGUCCGCCGAUGGAGCCGGGCCCUGGGGGUGCUGGGGCCUUACCCGUCUCCUGUCUCCCAGGGGGGACUGAUGGCUGAUGGCCUCUGAACAUGGGCACGUGCCCACUGGGGCACGCGGUGGGGGACCCCCAAGGGGACCCUGGCUUUUCUGGAGCCAGUGCAUCUCCCUGCGGAGCAGGCCAGCUCACCCCCUGGGAAGCUGUCUGCUUUCUUCGUGUCCCCAGGGGACCUUCCUCCAGCCUGCGGAGGAGAUGAAGUGUUCUUUCAUAUUUAAAUAAAUAAGGCCAUUGAAGAGCAA